ACCAUGCGGACCCCGGCUUUCCUCGCGCUCCUGUCGCUGCUGUGCGCGUGUCCGUGCUGUGCGCGAGCUCAGCAGCACAGAGGUUUGUUCCCAGCCGUGCUGAAUCUGGCGUCGAUGGCCGAGAUCACAGCGAAUGCUACGUGUGGAGAGAAAAAACAUGAACUGUACUGCAAACUGGUGGAGCAUGUACCGGGUCAACCGGUCCGAAACCCGCAGUGCAGAGUGUGUAACCUGAAGAGUGAGAGAUCGUACGAGCGACACCCUAUCGAGUACGCCAUCGACGGAACUAACCGGUGGUGGCAGAGCCCGAGCAUAAAGAACGGCAUGGACUACCAUUACAUUACCAUCACACUCAACCUGCAGCAGGUGUUCCAGAUAGCGUACAUUAUCCUGAAAGCUGCGAACUCGCCGCGGCCUGGAAACUGGAUCCUGGAGCGAUCUCUGGACGGAGAGAACUUCAUGCCCUGGCAGUACUACGCCAUCACAGACACUGAAUGCAUCACGAGAUUCAACAUCAGCCCGAGGAAGGGACCACCAGCCUAUAAACACGAUGACGAGGUCAUCUGUACCUCUUUUUACUCCAAGAUCCAUCCGCUGGAGAACGGAGAGAUUCACACCUCUCUGAUAAACGGACGCCCCAGUGCUGAUAAUCCAUCACCGACCCUCCUGAGCUUCACCACUGCUCGCUACAUCCGAUUAAAGUUCCUACGAAUACGAACCCUCAACGCUGACCUCAUGACCCUCAGCCUCAACGACCAAAGAGACAUCGACCCCAUCGUCUCUAGACGGUAUUAUUACUCUGUUAAGGACAUAUCAGUGGGUGGGAUGUGUAUCUGUUAUGGCCACGCCAAAGCCUGUCCACUCAACAACGUCACCAAGAGACUUGGUUGUGAAUGUGAACACAACACGUGUGGAGAAAGCUGCGAUCGCUGCUGUCCCAGCUACAACCAGAAACCCUGGAUGGCUGGAACCUUCCUCACUCGCCACGUCUGUGAGAAGUGUAACUGCCACGGUAAAUCGGACAAGUGCUACUAUAAUCAAACAGUGGCCGAUGCUAAGCUAAGCUUGAAUAUCAACAACGAGUAUGAAGGGGGCGGGGUCUGUAUUGACUGCUCCGCCCACACUACUGGAAUUAACUGCCAGUCGUGCAUCGAUGGGUAUUAUCGACCGCGUGGGGUGAGUCCGGACGACCCCCGACCCUGCAGACCCUGCUCAUGUGACCCGAGUGGGUCCAUUUCUACAGUGUGUGUACCUGAUGAGACUCGAGCCAGUGCAGGCCUGUCAGCUGGUUGGUGCCGCUGUAAGCAGGGAUAUGCAGGUGAGAGGUGUGACAGGUGUGCAUUCGGCUACACCGGAUUCCCCGCGUGCCAGCGCUGCAACUGUAGUGCGGAUGGCAGCAUUAAUCAGGACCCCUGUCACCUACCGUGUGUGUGUAAGGAGAACGUGGAGGGUGAGAACUGUGACCAGUGUAAAGUGGGAUUUUAUCAUCUCCACAGAGACCAAAUCCACGGGUGUGAGAAGUGUUACUGCUCCGGAGUCGCCAGCCAGUGUGUGGCAUCGACGUGGGAACACAAGAAUAGCACCGAUCUGUCCGGUUGGUAUUUGACCGGUGCUGAUGGGGAGGGGCUUGUCUGGGCGGUUCCUGAUCCAGCCACACCCCUUCAGGUGACCGUCAGCCGUAGAGAAGCUGAGGCCAGAUUGACUCCGCCCUAUUAUUGGAAUGCUCCGCCCACUUACCUGGGAAACAAGAUUUUGGCGUACGGAGGGCACAUAACCUACACCGUCUCCUGCCUCUCGGAGGACAGGAAGCAGCCGGUGGAACUGAGAGGAGAACCUGAGGUGGUUAUAGAGGGAGGGGGCUUGACUUUGACGGACAGAGGCUUGUAUUCGUUGCUCAUUUCUGGAUUGGGCAGCGUGAGGAGGGUGGCACUGAGACCCGAAAAUUUCCGCCGGUUCGACUCGGGCAGCAGAGUCAGUAAGAGUGAGUUCAUCAGCACCCUGCUGAGAGUGAGAGGGGUGAGAGUGAGAGCACCCGACUGUCAUGAAAACAACAUCGUCUACAGCUUGUUUUCAGUCAGUAUGGAAGUCGCCUCUGCAGAGUCUCAUUCUGGUGUUCAGGCCCGAGCAGUCGAGGUUUGUAACUGUCCUCAUGGCUACAGCGGCACUUCCUGUGAGACGUGUUCAGAAGGCUACAGAAGGGUUAACGGGACUUUACAUCAUGGAAUUUGUGAACCCUGUCGGUGCCAUGGCCACGCCACACAAUGUGAUGACAUCACCGGACACUGCCUGGGCUGUGAUCACCACACCACUGGUCCGAACUGUAAUGUUUGUGCCUCUGGUUACUAUGGUGAUGCCACCAGAGGAAGAGCUGAUGACUGCCAGCCAUGUGCCUGUCCUCUACUCAGUCCAUCCAACAACUUCAGUCCAACGUGCCGUCAGGAUGAACGGGGUGAGAUGGUCUGUGAUCGCUGCCAACCAGGCUACACCGGCCCUCGCUGCGAAAGAUGUGAUAACGGGUAUUUCGGCUUCCCGGGUGUUGUCGGUGGAUCAUGUCGCCCCUGUAACUGUAAUGAGAAUUUGGACCUCUCUGCACCCCGUAGUUGUGACCCUGUAAGUGGGGCGUGUCUUCGGUGCCGUGAUGGUUACGGGGGAUCAAACUGUGAAACUUGUGCUGAUGGUUACUACGGAGAUGCCAUGGAUGCCAAAAACUGCCGGCUGUGUCAGUGUAACCUGAACGGUUCUGCAUCAGAGGUCUGUAAUAAGGAAAACGGGCAGUGCCAGUGUCGCCAAAAUGCCAGGGGCCGGAAAUGUGAUGAGUGUAUGCCGGGGACGCACAUGCAGCCGGGGAGCGGGUGUCUACCGUGCCACUGUAACUCUUUCGGAUCGAAGUCGUUCGACUGCAGUGAGACGGGAAAGUGCCAGUGCCAGCCGGGUGUUGCAGGUCAGAAAUGUGACCGCUGUGCUCCCGGACAUUUCAACUUCCAGGAGGGAGGGUGCACACCGUGCGAGUGCUCUCAUGUAGGGAAUAACUGUGACUCGGGUACAGGUCGGUGUCUCUGCCCCCCCAACACAAUAGGGGACCGCUGUGAGAAAUGCGCCCCCCAUUUUUGGGGUCAUGACAUCAUGACCGGCUGCAAGGCGUGUGGGUGUGACACGCUGGGUUCGGUUACUCAGCAGUGUAACGUAAACACCGGCUGCUGUUUCUGUCGGGACCAGUUCACCGGUGAGAAGUGUAAGGAGUGUAAACUCGGCUACAGGAACUUCCCUCACUGUCUUUCCUGCGACUGCUCGCUCGCCGGAUCCAUCGCCGAUACCUGCAACACCGAAAUGGGGGUGUGUGCGUGUUCUGAGAGCACCGGCCAGUGCUCCUGCAAGGUGAACGUGGAGGGUUUGAGGUGUGAGGUGUGUAAACCGGGGACGUUUGGACUGACGGUGAACAGUCCUGUCGGCUGCACUCGCUGUUACUGCUUCGGCCUCAGCUCCACCUGCACUGAGGCUCAGGGACUUAUCCGUAUGAGGCUAACUCUGAUGCCGGAGCAGACGAUGCUCCCCCUGGUGGACAAAUUCAAUAGGAAGGAGACGACAUUCGGAGUGACGUUUCAGCAUCCGGAAAUCAUCGCUAACGCUGAUGUGAUCCGUCAUGAGCUCAGCGAGCCGUACUACUGGAAACUGCCCAAACAGUUCAGAGGAUCCAUGAUAACGGCAUACGGAGGAAAACUAAAGUAUGCGAUUUAUUACGAAGCUCGUGACGAAACAGGCCAUACCACCUACGAGCCGCAGGUCAUCAUCAGAGGCGGAGCCAACAGGGAUCGAGUCAUGAUACGCCACAUAGCACCACCACAGAUUGGUCAGCUGACCCGCCAUGAGAUCGACAUGACAGAGCACGAGUGGAAGCACGAGGAUAACAGACUUAUGAGUCGAGAAGAUUUCAUGGACGUCCUCUUCUACGUGGAUUACGUUCUCAUCAGAGCCUCACACGGAAACAACAUGAGACAGAGCAGGGUUUCGGAGAUCUUGCUGGAGGUGGCGGAGGAGGGACGACCAUCAGCCGGCAGUGAACGAGCGUUUCAGAUUGAGAGGUGUGAAUGUCCUCAAGGUUACUCCGGCCUGUCCUGUGAGGAGUGCGCUGCCGGGUUCUACAGGUUGUCUCCGCGUCUCGGCGGUUCGGUGUUCAGAUCCGGGAUGGGCAGUUGCGUGCGGUGUGAAUGUAACGGCCACAGCAGCUCGUGUGACCCCGACACCGGCGUCUGUCAGAACUGUCAACACAACACCGAAGGAGAGAAGUGUGACAGGUGUGUCGCUGGAUUUUACGGGGUGGUCCGUGGGUCUCCUGACGACUGCAAACGCUGCGCCUGUCCCCUCAUCAACCCAGGAAACAAUUUCAGUCCUGCAUGUGUAAACGAGGGCUACAACGAUUAUCGCUGCACUGCGUGUCCCGAAGGCUACGAGGGCAAAUACUGCGACAGGUGCGCGAGCGGUUACCAUGGAAACCCGCGGGUGCCAGGCGGCGGGUGUGAGGAAUGUAAGUGCGACGCGGUCGGUGCGAUGCCCGUUCCGUGUGACCCGCACACGGGCGCGUGUCGGUGUCGACCCGGAGCGACGGGUUUGAAGUGUGACCGCUGCAUGGAGCGGCAUGUGUGUGGACCCACGGGCAUCGUGUCUUGUGAUGACGACUGUGCCGGACUCCUGAUCAGAGAUAUGGAUCGACUUCUUCGUUUGAUCGGUAGUGCCAACCUCACGCUGCCCCUCCCCCCGCCGUACAAAAUGCUCUACCGCUUUGAGAACAUGACCGAUGAGCUCAAGCACAUGCUUUCUCCACACAGGGCUCCAGAGCGACUGCUGCAGCUUGCUGACAGUAACCUGGGCAGCCUGGUCACCGAGAUGGACGAAUUACUGAGCAGGGCCACGAAGGUUUCAGCAGACGGAGAACAGACAGACUCAGACGCUGAGAGGAGCCAGAAACGAGGCGAAGAUCUUGAGCUGUUUGUGAAGAACACACUCCUCGCUGCUGAAGCUCUGCGUGAUAAAGCCAGGAAGCUGAAUGAGACUCUGGGUCGAAGAGACGGCUCUGUAGAGAAAAGCGUGAACCAGAUGCAAGACGAAAUCAAAGCCAUGAUCUCCGAACUUCGAAAACUCCACCUCAGCCCUCGUACACACAUCGCACAGGAGGAACUGAGGGCGGCAGACUCACUGCUGAUGAGGGUGCAGCGAGGGUUUGUAGAUCCUCACCGGGUCUCUGAUGAGCUCCAGCAGGAGGUCGAUGCCAAACUGCAGGAUCACAACAACAAACUGAACGGAGCACAAGAGCUGCUCACCGAGGCUCAGGACAAAACAGCAAGCGCUCGCAACCUGAACUCGGACAACCAGCGACGACUCGACGAGUUACGGAGGAAGAGGGACGAGAUGAACAAAAGGAAAAAGGAGACGGAAAGAGUCCUGGAGGAUGGAGAGAAAAUACUGGGUGACGCUUACGGUCUGUCAGAUAAUGUCAACAGUGGAAAGGAGGACUUGGAGGAGAUGGAGAAAGAACUAGAGCCUCUGCAUGAUAAGCUCGACUACAAAGUGUCCAGAUUAGCGCGAGUCGUGGAGGACGAUUCCAUACCUGUCCUGCUGCAGAGAGCCGAGGACCACGCCGCCCAGCUCAACGACUCCGCCGGUAUACUCGACAGGAUCCUGGCCGAAGCUAAGAACCUCUCAUUUAAUGCAACGGCUGCGUUUAACGCCUACAGUAACAUCAAGAAGUUCAUCGAGGAGGCGGAUAAAGCGGCCAAGCAAGCUAAAGCUACAGCGACAGACGCUGUCCAACUGGCCACGGGACCGAAGGGUGCACUGAAAGACGAAGCUAAAGGCUCACUCCAAAAAAGCCACCGACUCUUGAACGAGGCGAAGAACCUGGGGAAUGUCGUUAAAGACAAUGGAGAGAAUCUGGGAGCUCUGCAGUUGCGACUCAAAGGUGCUGAUGCCAAAAAUAAAGACCUGCUGAAGGACCUGAAGGAGAAUCUGGCAAUGCUUCGUGCCAUCCCUAAUGACACGGCGGCUAAACUUCAGGCCACGAAAAAGAAAGCAGGAAAAGCCAACGACACGGCGCAGGACGUUCUGGAUCGACUCAAAGACAUGAACCUGAACCUGAUGGGCCUGAAGCGGAAUGUCAGCGGGCUGAAGGACGACGUCAAAAAAGCCAACAAUCUCAUCCAGGAUCCAGAGAAAAACAUCCAUGCUGCGGGUGCUAAAGUGAAGGAUCUAGAGGAUGAAGCCAAUCGUCUGUUGAACAAAUUGAAGCCAAUUCAGGAGCUGCAGGAUAAUUUGAGGAAAAACAUCUCACAGAUUAAAGAGCUCAUUAACCAGGCUCGCAAACAGGCCAACUCGAUUAAAGUAUCAGUGUCGUCAGGUGGAGACUGUAUCCGAACGUACAGACCAGACAUUAAGAAAGGACGAUACAACACCAUCAUUCUAAAUGUAAAAACCCUCACAGCUGAUAAUCUGCUCUUCUACCUCGGUUCUGCCAAAUAUGUGGACUUCCUGGCGAUUGAGAUGAGGAAAGGAAAGGUGAACUUUUUGUGGGAUGUGGGCUCAGGGGUGGGACGAGUGGAAUACCCAGACCUGACCAUUAACGAUGGACACUGGCACCGAAUCGAAGCAUCCCGUGUGGGUCUGAACGGCAGUAUUUCAGUUCGGGCCCUCGAGGGUCCCAAAGCAGGCAUUGUGCCCACCUGGCAGAGUGCCAAUGCACCAGAGAGCUACACUGUGCUGGAUGUGGAUCAGAAGGCUUACCUGUUUGUGGGAGGAAUGCUGGGAAGUGUGAAGAAAGCAGAUGUGGUGAAGACCAUCACAUUCUCCGGCUGUAUGGGUGAGACGUCAUUGGAUGGUAAACCAAUCGGCCUUUGGAACUACAGAGGGAGAGAUGGAGACUGUAAAGGAUGUGUAGUCAGUCCUCAGACAGCUGACUCUGAAGCUGUGGUUCAGUUUGAUGGUGAGGGUUACGCUGCCGUCAGUCGACCGAUUAGAUGGAACCCCAACUCUUCCACAGUAACACUCAAGUUCCGCACCUUCUCCACCAACGCCAUGAUAAUGUACCUUGCCACCAAGGACCUGAAGGACUUCAUGAGUAUCGAGCUGAGUGAUGGUCGCGUGAAGGUCAGUUAUGAUCUGGGCUCUGGUACCGGUUCCGUCCGCAAUGAGAAACGACACAAUGAUGGACGCUGGAGAUUCCUUACCAUGACUCGUACCAAAAAACAAGGUACUGUAAGCAUUCUGGACAUGGACACCAACGUAGAGGAGAAACUAUAUUUAGAGUCUAAAGGAGGAGCGAUGGGUCUCAACCUGAAAGAGGAUGAAAAGAUCUACUUUGGAGGUUUACCCAUCUCUGGAAACUACAGGUCUGAGGUGACCAUGAAGAGAUACUCGGGCUGUAUGAAGGAUAUCGAGUUCUCCAGAACUCCAUACAACCUGCUGAGCAGCAUGGACUACACCGGCCUGACCAAGGGCUGCUCUAUCCAGAACGUGCACACGGUGAGCUUCUCCAAACCCGGGUUCAUGGAGUUGCGUCCAAUGGUGUUUGAUGUCGGCUCUGAGAUCACGCUGUCCUUCAGCACCAGAAAUGAGAACGGGAUCAUCCUGUACGGCCGGGGCGCAGUCACAACCAUGAACUAUCCUACUCAGAACAUCCAGAACACGCAGGGCAUUCAGAACCUGAAUCGAUUCCAGAAAGCAGGACGGAAACGACGGCAUACCGGAGAGCCGUAUAUAUCGAUACAGUUGAAUAAAGGAAGUCUGGAGGUGCUGGUGUUCACCAGCAAUAGAAACCCACGCCGUGUCCUUAGGAAACCAGACGGAGGGGUUUUGCAUGACGGGCACGAGCACUCGCUGCGCCUCCUUCGACACUCAGGGAGCUCCUUCUCAGUGCAGGUGGACGAAGAGCCACAGAUAAAGCAGGCAUUACCAAUUGAUCAGCCAAUCAGCAUCCAGAGGCUGUUUGUGGGCGGGGUGCCCGGUGACAUGGUGCUUAGUGUGCAGAGGCCUGGACUACCCUUCGAGGGCUGUAUAUGGAACCUGCUGAUCAACACAGUGCCGAUGGACUUCUCUCAGCCAGUGGCCUUCGAGAAUGCUGAAAUUGGGCUGUGUCCGGAUUUAGCCCCGCCCCCUCCAGUAUCUCCUGAGGAAGAGGAGGAGGAGGAAGAGGAGGAAAAGGCGCCACCUACCAAACCAGAGACCAAACCUACUGUGGCAGUGAGGCCGCCAUCUCAACCUUCCACUGCCACACCUCCUGCUGAUGUUGUCACCAUUCCUGCAGCGCCAGUUGAAGUCUCCCACACAGUGUUUGGCUGUGCGGCGGGGGCAGAGCCUGAAAUCCUGGAGUUAUCUAAGCAGUUUGGCCUGUCCAGAAACAGUCACAUGGCCUUCGAGUUUGACGACAAGAAAGUGAAGAACAGUCUGGCUAUCGAGUUUGAACUGAGAACUGAAGCAGAAUCAGGUCUGGUUUUCUACAUGGCCAGAAUAAACCAUGCUGAUUUUGCCACAGUGCAGAUAAAGGAGAAAGUUGCUCACCUGAGCUUCGACCUCGGCAGUGGAAACACGUCCAUCAGCGUUCCUCGCAUCAUCAACGACGGCCACUGGCACAAGAUCCGUGUACGUAGGGAUAAACAGAGAGGAAUCCUGACAGUGGACAAUAAAUUUACCAAACACACGGUGAGCCCAAAACAAGCCGAUAUCCUGGACGUGGUGGGGAUGCUGUACGUUGGAGGACUUCCACUAAACUACACUACCAAGCGCAUAGGACCGGUGGUGUACAGUAUAAACGGCUGUAUUCGAAAUUUCAAAAUGUUGAACGGGCCGCAGAAUCUGGAAAAUCCCACCUCCAGUUACCGGGUGGGAACCUGCUUCAGCAAAUCACAGAGCGGCAACUACUUUGACGGCACCGGAUAUGCCAAAGCAGUGGCUACGUAUAAAGUAGGAAACGACGUGUCCUUGGAUGUAGAGUUCCGUACAAGCAGCAGCAGUGGAGUUCUUCUAGGAAUCAGCAGCCAAAAAACGGAUGGCUUCGGCCUUGAACUCGUCAAGGGAAAGCUCCUGUUCCACACUGAUAAUGGGGCGGGGCGGGUCACAGCUGCGUAUGACGGAGCCGUGCUUUGUGACGGAGAGUGGCAUUCUGUCACCGCCCACAAAAAGAAGCACCGCCUUGAGCUGAUCGUGGAUGGCAAGAAGUGGGAGGCAGCCAGCCCGGACCCCACAUCCCCUUCUGCCGACACCAACGACCCUGUCUUUGUUGGUGGAUACCCUGAGGGUCUGAAGCAGUUUGGUUUGACCAUCAGUGCUCCGUUUAAAGGCUGCAUGAGGAAUAUAAAGCUCACUAAAGCCGGGAAGGUUCUGGAGAUCCAGCUUAACAAAGCUCUGGAGAUUAAAGGAGUACAGCCACUCACCUGCCCGGCCGCAUAGAUACACAACACACAGUUCUACCAGCUCAUCCCAUGCCAUCCAAAUCUGAUUCAGAUCACAUGAUUCUAAAACAAACUGAAAAUUAAAAAGAACUAUUUCACCCAAAUCAAGGAAUUGAUUUAAGAUGUGUAGGAACACAACCUGUUGUUUUUGAGCUGCAAUGAUUCUUAACUCCUGACUUUUUACAAAAAUCUGUAUAAAAACGCACUUCUAAUUGGUUAACCAGAGGUUUAAACCAGUUAUUUUAUCUUACAUUAAUACACACACGUUUAUAAAAUCCUGCCAUACACUGAAUUAAAAGAAACUUGGAUCUAAACAGGCUAAUGAAGGCUUGGCAGAAAUGCUACGCUAAUACAUGUGCAAAGUGGCUAUCAAUGAUUAAAAUCUAGUUACAUUUUUACUGGAUUUUAUUGAUUAUUAGCAAUAUUGGCGUGUUUUGUGAAUCUAUAAAGGGAUAUGACUGACAUGUGAAGUGAAAUCGUGUACCACUGCAUGGAGUGUGAGAUGCUAACUGUACUCAGUAGCUAACAGUGCUGUAUAUUAAAAUAUAUUUUCUCUGAUGAUGAGCUGUUCA